UUCUGUUCGUAACUGUUCGUUCUACAGACGCCAUAAGUGAAAAGUAAUUUUGUGUAAUAGAAUAAAAUUUAUAACGUCUGCUAUGGAAAUAAGCAUUUGAGAAGAACAUAUAAUGAACACAACUUUAAAUCCUGUCACGUCUCAAGCAAGUUCAGCAACUCCUAAUAAACCAAUGCAUCCCCAGGGGGCUCCAGUAUCAUACGGACAGCCUUCAGGGCCUAUAACUCAAAACCCUUAUCCAAAUACUAAUAUGGCACAUAAUCAUCCGCCAUCUCAACAGAACCAUUACUCGCUUGGUGGUAGUUCUCCUUUUAAUAUGGGUGCUAUCCCAGCUAGUAACCACCCUUUGGCUAACAAUCAGUCAUCCAGUGGUCAGGUUUACAAUGCACCAAAAAAUGUUUCAUAUUCAAGUGGGUUUCAAAAUGCACAAAACCAAAACACAUUACCUCCUGUUGUCCAAACAUUACCAGCUACAAAUCCAACAGCCUCUACUCCACAAGGUGUACCCUCCUCACAAAAUUUAUCGAAUUCCAAUUCCAACUCAAAUUCCACUGUACAAGGUAAAGAACCUUCAGUAGAAAAGGAAAGGCCUCAGUCUAAUGGUACCACAGAAGAAGAACCAUCAAGAUCAGUGGAAGAAAAACCAGAACCUCAGGAAAAUCAUGUGAUACCUGAAUCUUCAAACACAACUGAAACCUCUGAAGUACAAGAACCCCCAAGGGAACCUCCACAAGAAACACCUGAAGAAUUAACAACUGAAAAACCCAAAUCUCCCGAGCCAACACAGCAAGAAGCUGAAACAGCUCAACAAUCCUCGGAAGACAAAGUAGAAGAAGCUGCAUCAGUUUCACCUUCAGUAUCAGAUUCUGUUCAAGAUGCAGAGUCAAUUCCAGAUCCUGCACAGGCCCCAUCACCAUCAAUAGCAGAACCUGCUGAAUCUGUAACUAGACCAAUUACCCCUCCCACUUCAGUAACUGAACCCGCAAAAUCUGCCACCCCUGUCACGCCACAGAAAGAAACACCUGAUCCUGAAACAGUUCAAAGUGAUAAAGUUGCAGAAGAAUCAGAAAAAGCAAAAGAUGCUCCAGAAAUAGAUCCAUUAGCUGAUCCUCUUGAAACAGCAGCUGCUGAUAAAUCUGCACAAGAAAAAGAUGAAGUUGAAGCUGAAAACAAAGAAGAAAGUGAAGAUAAUGAAGGAGAGGAUCAGUUGAAUGAAGAGGCAACAGAAGCUGAAAAUGUCCAAAAAGAUGAAGAUCCACUUGCUAAAACUCCACCAAAAACACCGGCAAGAAAAACAAAGGCUGUCAAGCAAGAAGCCAAAACGGAAACGAAAACUCCACAAAAAUCACCUGCCACUGGAAAAACAAAAAGACAAAGAAUGAUGACGCAGCACUACCAAAGCCCCUUACCUGAAAUUGAAAUUAUAACAAAAAUUAGCUCGUCCACACCUCGAAGUAAAAAUAAUGACGAUAAACUUAUUUAUUUCUAUAAAAACGAAUUCCUUGCUGUUAGAAACUCAGAGGGGGGUUUCUAUUUGUGCCAGGCAAUACAAAACGUAUACAAAUCUUCGUCGAAGAUAAAAAUUCGUUGGCUAUCUCAAGACAAAAAUGAUAAAAGUGGGGAGAUAUACACUCCUGACUUUUAUGAUUUGACAGAUUUCGACUGCAUUUUAACUAGUUUAGAUUUGACGAAAGUUGGUAAGGGAAGAUAUAAAUUAAAACCUAAGGAAAAGGAGAGAACCGACAGCAUUUUGAAAAGAUGUUUGGCUGUUGAAAAGGGAGAAAUUUCUCAACCUUCAGUAUCUGAGGAACAUCCCGAUGGUCUGGACUUAUCUUUAUAUAAAGAUGAAGAACAAUUAGUGAAAAAGAAGUCUCCUGUAAAACGCAAAGCUCCACCAAGAUCAGAGUCGCCUAAAAAAGAAACUCCAACCAAGAAAACUCCAGAAACACCGAAAGUUCGAAAGGUCGAACCGAAACCGUCGAGAACCACCACGCCGGCAAAGAAACAAACACCUGCUAAAAAGAUCCCUGAACCCAAAAAGACGCCGGCAUCGAGCAGGUCAGCUAGGGGGAAGAGAAAAAGUGAACCAAAAACUAGCCCUGUGGUGGAUCAGAAAAAGGCCAAGGUAUUAGCCAAAAUUGGAAGGAAGUCCGCUGUUUCUUCAAGUAGCCCGAAGCCUCAGCCUCAAAGUACUCCUAAAAGUGCAAAAUCCCCCAAACCUACCCCUUCUACUUCAAAAGCCACAAAACCAGCACCAGCAAGUUCUAAGCCACCACCACGAAAAACUAAGAGGUCAACCAGAAAGUAAAUUAAUUUUUCUUUUCAGAUGAUGUGUAUAUUUUUUAUUUUUUUUUUGAAAUUACAUUUUUUAUGGAUUACUUAACCAUAUAACAAGUAGAUGCAUAUCAUGAGGUUUUUCAAAAAGUUAUGAUAUGUGUUUCAAAAAAUAUUUGAAUAAUGGAUCCAAGUACUACAGAGUAUUGAAAGAAAAAUUAGUAUUUCAAAAAAGGCCUUAUGAUCUUCCUAAAAAAUAUAGUUCAAAUUUUCAUUAUGAAAUGUGUAAGAGGGUCCGUUUUUCAAAAUGUUGCAAUGUUUAUAGUUACAUAUACUUAUAUAAUGGCCAUUACACGGAAGGGAGUCUAUUUUACAUUUUGUUUUGUGUACAGUAGAUUUCUCGAUUAUGAAAGAAUUUUAGGAAUAUUGUUUAAUAAGGAAAGUGUAAUAGAUUAGUGUUAAAAAAAUAUGAGAGUUUUUUCAGUUUUUAAACCAUUUAUGUAUAAUAUAAGUUUGUCGUCGUCGCUUUAAAAACGUCUAUUGACAAUUUGACAAUUGAACAUACUUACUACGUUUAAAAAGGAUAAAGGACUUUCCCUACAACACUUUUAGUUGCUUUUAUUACUUUACGUUUAAUACACUCAACUUGCAUUUGGUUCUUCAUUUUUAUCCCUGUAUGGAAUACUUGGAAUUUAAGAAGCGACUAACAGGAUAAUAUGAAAUUUAGAUCAGUCAUUUAACAUCGUUUAGAUCUGCUUUUAAGUUUCCUACAUUUCCAUAUUUGAAACAACUCAUUUAAUGAAUUUAUAACUUGCUGUGAUGUCUCGUACUUAUAUAUUUAGUAAUGUAUUUAAUUUUUAUUAUUUAUUUAGUAUGAAGUAUCUUUUUCCUGGAAAAUAGAUAGGUUAAUCCUACUUGUUCCGUCACAAUUCUUUUAAUUAUAGUUUUCUAGUAAAAUAUUCAUCCACUUCAUUUACUUCUUCCACUAUUGAAUUUUCCAGGUCACUAAAUGUACCACAGAAGUCAUCUAUAAAACGUUCUAAUACUAACGCCAAUAGCACUAACGCCAAUUUAUUAUUCAUUUGUAUUAAUAUACUAUCAUUAAUGAACAUUACACAAUGAACAAAAUUGAACAAAUUUAAUUUGGCGAAAAGUUGAUAUUUCUGUUUGUUUUAUUUUUUCUUUCUUUCUGUGUAUUUAUAAUUUCUGGUUGUCCUAUAAAUCUAAUUUCUCGAAUUAUUAGACUUCGUCAAUUCUCUACAAUAGAGGUAUGAGUGUUUGUCAAGGAUGUGACUUUCGGUAAAGGGUAUACACACCUGGUUUCUGGGAAAUACUCUAUAACAACAGAAUGAACUUUGUUUUAAUUUGAGUUAUCAGCUGCUCUGUUGAAAUUUAUGUAUCUAUCUAUAUACUUAUUUACUUUUACACAUUUCAUCAAGCAGUGUUCCAAUGCCGUUACCCUCUAUAUGUUCCUAACGAAGUGCUGUCAAGUACUUAUCUACAUUCGUAUUGGCUUCUUGAUUGAACGAAGAACGUCUUCAGUUUUGAGAAUAGAAAGAACUCGGAAAAUUUCAAAUCUGGGAAAUAGGGUGGAUAUUCUAGGGCUUCAUAGUACAGAUCCCUAAAUUUCCUCAUUGCCAAAACACUUUUGUGGAAAUGUGCGCUGACCUAAUGGAAAAGAUCUUUUUCUUCUUUGUAAGUCAUCUCAGAUUUCACGAAUGCAUGCGUCCAAAAUACUGUUACCUUGAACUUUCCCACCUUUGGCACAGUCGAUGCCUUUUCUGUAUUGAAGAAUCAAUUCUUAUCUACUUUUGUAAACGUAUUGACACGAAUAGACAUUUUUGUUUUCCUUAAUUAAAAUUUACCAAUCACGUUUCGGAAAGUGUCGUGUGAAGCCAUUUUUCAUCAUAAACAAAGCUUUUUCAUAUUCAAUUACUAGUGCAAGAUGUUGUAUUCGUACGAAAUCCUUAACGCUUUCAUGCAUCUUAUAUUGCUGAGUUUUUAAAACUAUGCAGUUUGUCAAGAAUUUCCAUUGUAAUUGCAGUCAUCCUUUAAAAAGUGCCCACUCGUAUUAAAUCUAUUAACACCUACUCUUAUAAAGAAUGUUAGCAUUAAAUGAUACUCUAUUUAUCGAAACGUUUUUUCGAGAAGUAACUUUUUUAAAUUGCAGAUGAUUGUCAAAAAUAAUGACAACAAAUAUGUAUAACAUAUUUCUGUUCUAUUAAAUUUGUUGACUUUUUGGCAAAAAAGUUUUUUUUUUAAUUAUUUGGUCCAUAUAUGGUUAAAUAAUAGAAAAUUAACAAAAAUUUGCUGAUUAUUUAUAAAUCUGAACAAUUAAAUGAGCAACUCAGUCCUAAUAUUGAUUAAACAAAUUUGGAAAAGAAACUGUAGUUUAUGAAAUAUUUAAUACCCAUAUUUUUAAAAAACCUAACAAAAAUACUGAAAUCGUGUUUGGCUAAUGUUUACUCACAUCGAAUGAACGAAUAAUAAAUACUGUUUUAAGUCCCAUGUAAGUAAGAUUUCAAUUUUUAAUAACAAAUAAACUCGGAAACAAAUGGUUUAUGAAAUUUGGAAUAAAACUUUCAUAUUUGUCAAUUUUAAUUGUUGGAGUAACUAUAAUGUACAAUAUUGUUGCAGUGCUGAAACUGAUACAAGAAACAGAUAUUAAACAGUACGCCUAUAAGCAGGUAUAUUUUUUGUUGGUUAUUUUUCGUGUUUUUAGAAAGUUACAAGCGAACCAAAACACAUUAAUUUUGAAAUGCAAAGAGUAUGUCUUUAUUAUUUUAGUGUAUAUUUAUUCAUAACCGAUUGACAAUUUCAUUGAAACUAUUUUAUUAUAGAUUCCAAUGACUUCAUAACGCACUUUGGAAUCCAAGUUAGCUAAUUGACAUAUGACUUUAAUAUUUUAUGUCAAAAUUGAUGGUAGUUAUAUAAGAAUGUCAGUUUAUCUAAUAAAGUAUGGAAAAUAUUCGUUUCGUAUUGAAUAAAACAUUCUUUAAAUUUUAGAAUUGAAGAAAACUAAGAUUUAAUAUAGUAUUGAUUGAUUACAUUAUUCGUGUAGUAAACAUUUACUAUUCAUUUUUGUGAAUAUUUCAUGACACAUGUAAAAAUAAAAAUAAAGUUAUUUUU